CCCCCGGCAUCUUCAAUAUCACUGAUCUUGAUUAUGCUGGCCAGCAAGACGUUCCAAAAACUUGGAAGUGUACAGCGCUCAAUUUAAUGGAAAAGAAUUUCAGUAUAUUGCUUGGUGGUGCUGGACUCGUAUGAGAUGCAGUUGCAGCAGAAAUUGAUGUGAACUUUUCCAUUUGUUAGAAGACUUGAAGUUCAUGCCACGGAGUAGUCGAAUUCUGCACUUCUUUCUUUGCGUUUUUGGUCGGGUAUAGGUUUGUCAAUCUUAUUUCCAGGAGUUAAUGCAUUGGAUCAUGCACAAUUAUCAAGCUUUCAGCACCAUCUGCAUUUGUGCUACCAUUGCCCUCAUUCUUUUGAGAGAUGAAAUCUAGCUUGGACCAGGAACUAGAGAUGGAGGUUCUUUCUCAAGGAAGCUGGAAUCAUUUCUGUAUCUUGGAAGUAUGAUAAUGUGCUGCCAUGAAUUUCUUAGGAUUUACCCCUUUUGGCUCAAGAGUCAUGACAGGUGAUUAAUCCCGUAAGUUCGAAGAAAUUCUCCUCUUUUUCUUAGGGUGGCUGAGGCUGUCUUUCUCCAGCUCCACUUGAAACAACUGCGAAAAUUACAUGGAAGGAGGCAAGUCUUUAUCGUGCGCAUCGUACUCUCUAUACCCCCAUUUUUCCAAAUUCAUAGUCUGAAACUAAUCUCCAUGUUAUUUCCUAACAUGAGGUGUGCCUUUCAUCUUCCAUUUUUUGUCUCACUCCAAGCCUCCAAAGGACAGCAUAAACUGCAGGGAUCGAGACAUGAUGUUUGGUACGCUUUGAAAUCUUCAUGCUUAUCUAGAAAUGGCCAUGUUUUAAGAUCAUAUGUUAUGGUUAACUGUCACUGUACCAGGUCAUUCUGACAUUUUCUUCAGAUGCUAUCAUCAGCAAAGAAAUCAAUGUCUUCCAUUGGACAUGAACAGCAUGAUUAAACAUAAGACUGAAAGAAGCGUUUGACAUGGAAAGUACUCCUUACAUAAACAGCCAAGAUUACUACCUUAAACCCACGAAAAUCAAAUGGCUUCGUCUCUGCUUUGUUCUAUCACAAUUCGUUCUUUACUUGUCUUGCUCUUACACCUAUCUUCCUUGUCUAACUAUCUAGCUGCAAAGCAUAACCAACAUGGCUAUCACCGCCACCGCUCACACAACCAUUCUCCAACUUCAAACCAAAGGCUCCACCAAGCUUAUAUUGCCCUCCAGGCAUGGAGAAGGGUUAUCUACUCUGAUCCAAACAACUUCACUACCAAUUGGGUUGGUCCUGAUGUAUGUAGCUAUAAAGGAAUAUACUGUGCAACUGCUACUGAUGAUCCCAAAAUUAGAGUUGUCGCAGGCAUUGACCUCAACUUUGCUGAUAUAGCAGGUUUCCUUCCCAAUGAAUUAGGCCUCCUCUCUGACUUAGCACUCAUCCAUUUGAAUAGCAACAGACUUUGUGGGAUUAUCCCACAAUCUCUAACCAACCUUUCACUUCUAUAUGAGCUUGAUGUCAGCAACAACAGAUUUGUAGGCCCUUUCCCUUCUGUUGUGCUCUCUCUUCCUAUGCUAACCUAUCUUGACCUUCGCUACAAUGAGUUUGAAGGGCCAUUACCUCCUCAGCUUUUCCAGAAAAAGAUUGAUGCGAUAUUCAUUAAUAACAAUCGAUUUACUAGUGCAGUUCCCGCUUUCUUAGGUGGAACUUCAGCUUCUGUGGUGGUCAUCGCCAACAAUAACUUCAAAGGCUGCCUGCCGCCGAGUAUAGCCAACUUGGCAGAUACUUUAGAAGAGUUGCUGCUUAUCAACACAAGCUUGACAGGUUGUUUGCCACCAGAAGUUGGGUAUCUCUACAAACUGAGGGUGUUGGAUGUAAGCCAUAACAAGAUAGUUGGUCCUAUACCUUAUAGCCUAUCAGGAUUAGCUCAUUUGGAGCAGCUAAAUUUAGCACACAAUCUGAUGACCGGGAUUGUACCUCAGGGAGUUUGUAUACUGCCAAAUUUAGCUAAUUUUACUUUCUCUUACAACUUCUUUUGUGAGGAAGAGGGAAUUUGCAUGAAUCUUACAUCUAAAGGCAUCAAGUAUGACGACCGCCGCAAUUGUUUGCCAGAGAAGCCACUCCAGAGAAGUCAGAAAGAAUGCAACGAUACACUCGAGCAUCCAGUCGACUGCUUUCAGGAAUGCUGCAUUGCCAGUGAAGGAGGCGGUGCUUUUGGUAGGGCAACUCCUUUCGCUCCUGCACUUGUGCCUGCUGCAACCCCUCUGCUGUCACCUUUUCUUGCUCCUAGCUUCCCAUAAGUAGUCUUGCAAGAUAGUAACAAUAAAACCAAAAUAAGAUCCAAAAUUUGGCCUAUAGUUACAUGUGAAUCUUCUUCUUUUUUUCUUUUUUCCUGUAAUAGAAGUUGUAUUUGAAUUUUGUACAUGUAUAUAAUCCUUGAAAAAUUUUUAUGUUA